AUGGCGAAAUCUAAAUACGAGUAUGUAAAAUCGUUCGAAAGAGAUGAUUCAUUACUUCCAAACACUUGGUUAGUGGUUCGUUUAGACGGAAAAGGCUUUCACAAAUUUUCCGCUGCUCAUAAUUUCGAGAAACCAAAUGAUAAAAAUGCAUUAGAUUUGAUGAAUCAAUGUGCUACAGCUGUAAUGAAUGAGAUCAACGAUAUUGUGUUAGGAUACGGGGAAAGUGAUGAGUAUAGAAAAAUACUGACAACGAUAGUGAGCUUGUUUUCUUCUAAUUACGUGUUCCAUUGGAAACAUUAUUUCCCCGCUAAAGAGUUAUUGUAUCCGCCAUCAUUUGAUGGACGUGUUAUAUUGUAUCCUUCUGAUGAUAAUUUACGAGAUUAUUUGAGUUGGCGGCAAGCGGAUUGUCAUAUCAAUAACUUAUACAACACUUGCUUUUGGGCAUUGGUACAUUCAGGAAAAACGAAAUCUGAAGCUGAUGAUAUCCUCAGAGGAACCGUAUCAAAAGAGAAAAAUGAAUUGCUGUUUUCCAAUUUCAAUAUCAACUACAAUAAAUUACCAGAAAUGUAUCGAAAAGGAUCAGUGCUAAUAAGAGAGGAGAUCGAAGUAACGACAGUGAAUGAACAGGGAAUAGAAAAAACACGACAGAAGAAGACGGUCAUAGUGCUGCAUACAGAUAUCAUAGGAGAGAAAUUCUGGAAGGAUCACCCAGAGAUUGAAAUCAUCAUUGUUUUAAACAAGUGA